CCGGGCAGCCGGGACUGGACGGGUCAGGGGCAGGGACUGGGCAGGGACGGGGCCGGGACGAGCUGCCUCCCGGGAGUCCGCGGCCACCUGCCCUGCCGUCAUGGCCAGAUUCUGGGUCUGCGCAGCAGGCGCCGGCACCUUGCUGUCCUUGUUGAUUUUGCAUUUUCAUCUGUGUGGCUCUCCGGUUUUAAGAAAAAUCUCUUUCAAAAUUAACUGGAACACAGAGCAAGUGCUUUACCGGCUGGAUGUGGGUUGGCCCAGGAAUUCAGAAUACUUUACUGGCACAACGUUUUGUGUCGCAGCGGACUCCCUGAACGGAUUGGUGUACGUGGCCCAGAGAGGGGAUAACGUCCCAAAGGUGUUAGUGUUCACAGAGGAUGGAUAUUUGCUGCGAGCCUGGAAUCACACAGUUGACACCCCUCACGGUAUCUUUGCAGCCAGUACAGCCCACGAGCAGUCCGUCUGGAUCACGGAUGUAGGAAGUGGAUCCUACGGCCAUACUGUUAAGAAAUACAACUCCUUUGGCGAUCUGGUUCAGAUCUUGGGUACUCCCGGGAAGAAGGGCGCUGGUUUGAAUCCCCUGCAGUUUGAUAACCCUGCAGAACUCCAUGUAGAGGACACCGGGGAUAUUUACAUUGUGGAUGGAGAUGGAGGAUUGAAUAACAGGUUGAUCAAGCUGUCCCAAGAUUUCAGCAUCCUAUGGCUGCGAGGAGAAAAUGGCUCGGAGCCUGCUAAGUUCAACAUACCUCACAGUGUCACAGUUGAUUCCACUGGCCGGGUGUGGGUUGCUGACCGAGGAAAUAAAAGAGUCCAAGUGUUUGACAAAGGGACUGGGGAGUGGCUGGGAACGUGGGAUAAUUGUUUCCCCCAAGAAGGCCCUUCCGCACUCAGAUUUACUCCUGAUGAAAAGUACUUGAUUAUGGCCCAGCUGAAUCUUAGCCGGCUCCUCAUUGUGGCGGCACCCCCAGCAGGAGACAUUGGCCAGUGUUCUGUGAUCGGCACAAUCCAACUGGCAGAUCAGGUGUUACCACAUCUGCUGGAAGUCGAUAAGAGGACGGGUGCAAUCUAUGUAGCGGAAAUUGGAGCAAAACAAGUGCAAAAGUAUAUGCCUUGGAGUGGCUACGUUCUUUGAUUUUGAUCAUAAUUUUUUUUAACUGUGGAUAUUUCAAACGAUGGUUAGAGUCUGAAAUUUAUUAAGUAGCUUAUAAGCAAUGUUCAAGCCCAGAAAUUUGUUUACAUUUACUAAUCUAAAAUUAGAUUUGUUUUUAUGUUUAAUGAUCAUGUUUUAGUUUUCAUUCUUGGGACUCAGUCUUACUUCCAGGUGCAGAGGGUUAGGAAAGAAUAUGGAAAGGUGUUGAGCUUAGCAGUUAGGACUCCCACGUCCCAUCUGCUAGGACUUGGGUUCACUUGCUGGCUGCAGCUCCUGAAUUGGGCUCCGUGUCGUUGCAGGACCUGAGAGCCACAGGGAUGACUCACUCCUGCUACUCCUGAAGGAAAACUCGAGUUCGUUUUUGGUGCCCAGGUUUGGCCCUGUGCCCAGCCCUGGCUGUUGCAGGCGUGUGGGAACUGAGCCCCAAAGGUGGUUGCUCUAUCCCUGCUUCUCCACUCUUCCACCUCCAGGUGUCUGUCUGUCUCUGCUUUUGUUUUCUCUCUCUUGCCUGUUAAAUGAGUUUAAUAGAAAGUAGGGGAGGGAGCAGCUUGAAAACGUGAGGUCAGAAUGAAGGACUUGGAUUGCAAAUUAGUUCUUCUGGUAGACUAGUCUUCCCCCCCCCCCCCCCCGCCCCAAACAGGUAAAACAACUGGAAUAAGAUGACUUAUUGGUUGUCCUGUAAGUAGCUUGUUCAACUGAUAAACGAAUCUGAUGGGCAGUUGGCUAAUUUGCAUAUUCACAGAAUCCUAAGUCCUAAAAACUCCAAAAUGGAGAAGCAGGUAGUGUGCCAUCUGAGCAGGCUGCAGUGCACCGGGAGAGCCGCGGGCAGGCAGCAAGGGGCUAGUGAGAGGACAUGGGGCGCAGCGGCAGUUCUCGGAGGAGCAGCAGUCAGGGAGGCUUUGUAGGACAUUGGACUUGGAUUUGAAAACCAAAGAGGCAGUUUUCAGAGAAGAGGAUAUGGUAUCCAAAUAGAGGAGGCAUAAAAAAGCUAUCAGCUGCUUGUGAGAUUUGCUUGGGC